UUCCCUCUUGCCCCCUUCUUCAAUUCCCAGUCCUUGUUCUAAGCUAGAGCUAGAUUGUGAAAGUGGGAGAAUAGUCUCUAAAUGUGACUAUGGGGAUUCAGAAACCUGCUUGGUUGGAAGCACUCAACGCUCAGAAGUUCUUCGUGAGUUGUUCCGCUCAUGAGAGUGCAAAGAAGAAUGAGAAGAACAUAUGCUGUUUAGAUUGUUGCACCAGCAUCUGUCCUCACUGUUUGCCUGCGCACCGCCCUCACAGACUGGUUCAGGUUCGACGUUAUGUAUAUCAUGACGUUGUUAGACUUGAAGAUCUGGAGAAGCUUAUAGAUUGCUCCAACGUUCAGGCAUACACAAUUAACAGUUCCAAGGUGGUGUUCAUUAAGAAACGACCUCAAAAUAGGCAGUUCAAGGGGUCGGGCAAUGUUUGCACCACCUGUGAUAGGAGCCUGCAGGAACCUUACAUUCAUUGCUCCCUUGGCUGUAAGGUGGACUUUGUACUAAAACAAAAGAAGGAUCUCUCUCCAUACUUGAGAUCAUGCGAGACACUGCAGCUCAGCCCGGAUUUUCUAAUCCCUCAUGAGGUGGGAGACGAUCAGAUGGACUUGCAGACAUCCAAUUGUGCAGAAGACUCUGACGAACUCAUGGGAUCAUCAUCUGUCUCUUCCGGUUGCGAAGCCGCCAGCGUUCAAUGCACGCCGGCGACGGAAUUCGUCCGGAAGAAGCGCAGCGGGCUCUUUGUGUGUGCAAGAUCUGCAAAUGUCACCAAUGAAGACAUGGCCACAAGCCUAAGCAGAAGGAAAGGCAUUCCCCACAGAUCUCCUCUAUGCUGAAGGUCUUCCUUUAGAGUACUACUACAAUUUAGUUGGUUCCUUUUAUUUUACUUAAAAUUUAAGUAGCUUUGUCUUAAUGGCUUCACGUGCAAAGGGUUAGUUUCCCAAUUCCAAUUUUGUAUACAGUUCCCAAGGAUCAUACAGUGCUCCCACUGGCAAUGCAGUUUUUAGUGAGAACAUAGUGAAUUGGGGUCGGAGGGUUUUGUUUAUAAGUCUUCUCUUAUUGUAUCCUGGAUUUUACUAUGACUUGAA